CGCGAAAGACUCCACCUCACUAAACCAGCCUGCGCCUGCUCGUCCAACUUUCUCUCGCCCCGUCCAUCACGCACCCCUCCAGGCCAUCUAGAGCUACCCUCGUCGCGCUGUGGGCAUGGGAAGAGACCCGAAGCAGUAUAUUGUUGCGCUCACGGGUUUCUACGCCGUAUUCCAGCUCCUGACUCAGGUUUCCAAUCCCGCCGCGUCACCCAAGCACUUCCUGGUCGCGACGAACCCGUCGCCAACCCCGAAUUCGCCAUGGCGGCCCCAAAGAUGACCAAGAACCAGAUGCGAAGGGCUAAGAAGAAGGAACAGAAGAAGAUCCAGACAGAGACUGCCGCCGCGAAGCCCGAAGAGACCACCGUCGACGACAAAUCCGAAGAGAGCGCAGCCGUCGCAGAACCCGCGUCGGAUCUCGAAGUGAAGAAGAAGGAUGAUUCAGACAAUGCCGCGCCCGCCGAUGGACCCGCCCUUGACGACGAGUUGGAUGAGGACCCGGCUUUCGCCCUGUACAAGGACAUCUUCUCCAAGUUUGGCGCAUCGGUUCAGGAGGAUGAAGUCGCCAAAGAAGCCAACGCCGGAAACAAAGGAACUGUAUUCUUCGGCGAUGACGACGAGAUCCCCGACGAAGAUGACGAGAACGGCCCCCCGAAGCUAUCCAAAAAGAAGAGAAAGCUGCUCAACAAGCUCUCGAUUGCCGAGCUCAAGGCUCUCGUCAAGAUUCCCGAGGUGGUGGAAUGGCAAGACAUCUCCGCCUCGGACCCGCGGUUACUCGUCCAAAUAAAGUCCCAGCGAAAUGUGGUGCCCGUACCAACACAUUGGGCAUUGAAGAGAGAGUACCUCUCUUCCAAGAGAGGUAUUGAAAAGGCUCCAUUCCGUCUCCCCAAAUUCAUUGCCGAGACUGGUAUUACCGAGAUGCGAGAUGCCGUUCUCGAAAAGCAGGCCGAACAGUCCCUAAAGCAGAAACAGCGCGAACGAGUCGCACCCAAGAUGGGAAAGCUCGAUAUCGACUACCAGAGGCUCUACGACGCCUUCUUCCGAUUCCAGACGAAGCCCGAGCUGACGCGAUUUGGCGAGGUUUACUACGAGGGCAAGGAGAGUGAGGUUGACUACCAACACUUCCGACCUGGUGACCUCACCGAAGGAACCAAGGAGGCUCUCGGAGUGCCUCCUGGAGCACCGCCGCCCUGGCUGAUCAACCAACAACGAUUCGGCCCCCCUCCCUCCUAUCCCACAAUGAAAAUCCCAGGUCUGAAUGCGCCCCCACCGCAAGGAGGCUCAUGGGGCUUCCACCCCGGUGGCUGGGGCAAGCCUCCAGUUGACGAAUUUAAUCGUCCCCUUUAUGGUGGUGAUGUCUUUGGCCUCACCGCGCAGAACGGCGCCCAGAACCAGGCUGUCGCUCAGGCUGCAGCACUAACCGGCGAGACUGUUGAGCGUGGCCUCUGGGGUGAGCUUCAACCGCGAGAGGAGGAGGAGUCAGAGGAGGAAUCAGAAGAGGAGUCCGAAGAGGAAGAGGACGAAGAUGCCCCUGACGGACUGGAGACGCCCAGCGGUCUUGAGACUCCCGGUGGCUACGCAAGCACAGUGCAGCCCGACUAUGGCACAGGAGUCGAGACAGCAAUCGGAGGAGAGAUGGACCUGCGCAAGGAACGUCGCGGCGGCUACGACACGGAAGAGUCGAGUGCUCCUCGCUCCGCCUACACCAUCCUUCCCGAGCGACAAGUCCGCGCAGAGGGCUUCUUUGGCAGCGACCGUGUAUAUGACCUCAAGCAAGCCCAGCGUUCGGGUAUGCCAGUGCUUGGUUCCGAAGACGACUCCCGCAAGCGCAAGAAGCCCGGAGACAUUGACGUUGCGCUCGACGUGGACUCGCUGCACCAAAACGAUGGCAUCAGCAAGGACGACCUACGACGCAAGUUCGAGGAGGGCAAGAAGGAGGAUGGCAUCGGAGCCAAAUGGGCUUACGACGACGAUCUUAGCGAGAUGAUUGCACAGGAGAGCCGUAAGCGACAGAAGACGGAGGCCGAGCUGAACGAGAAGAAGAAGCAAGGCAAGUAUAGAUUUUAAUAAAGCUGUCCUUGCAGAUCAGGAUGAGCUGGAUAAGGUUUGGCGGGUGGUGAAGUAUGCAUGACAAGGAGGAGGGACUGGGUAUUGUAAGAUGUUGCUGGGCCGGAGCGUGCCUUGGCUGGCGUUUUUGAGAAGUCAUUUAUGGACAAGAAUAGGGCAAAUACCAUGCUUGUUGAGGUUGUAUGGAUGGUUUUUGGCCGUGAGUCGUUGGCGAAUAUCAAACCUCUUUCAUGUGGCAUUAUCACAUCUUGAUCCAUUCCACUUCCCAAGUAUAUACCUAAGAGCUUUCUAUUCAUGAGCUCAACUACCAUCUUUGUCUGUCCUAUUGAAGCCGCUCUUCAUUGGCCAACCAAGUUGUAACCCGAGGACCCUGCCGAGUAACG